AUGUACCUAGCUCAGACAACACAUCCAUACAAAUAUUUCACACACAUUUCCACUUCGUACACAACAUACUCGACUUCCCGUCCUCAGUGGGUAAACGAUACGGACGACCGGCCGCCCGUCUCCGUCGCCAGAGCAAACCUUUUCACCGGUGUCCACGGCCGUCCACCGUUACCCCUGAGGCCCGAAAGCACGGGGACUGGACAAAGGCGUCCGGCGGAGACUCGCUACCUUCGACCUAGUCCAGGACACGCCGUGUCCCAACUCACCAUAAACGCAAACGGCGACGACAACGACGACGACAACGGCAGCAGCGAUCCAAUUCCUCGACUUCUCGUCAACCUUUUGAUUACAUCUUCGAUUGGACCGCGGCUGGGCUCGACGUCUGCGGUUGUGUUCAUGGCCCCCGUCGGAUCACUGAACUGCGGCCGCCCCGGGUGGCACCACUGCGCCGUCGCCGCCGCCGCCGCCGCCACCACCGCCACCUGCCGACCAGUGUUAUCAGUCAGCCUUGGUCGGGUGGGCCGCCUCUGA